AUGACUAAAGACAUUCCAAUUAAACUUGUUAAUAUAAACACAAAAAUAGAUAGCUUGGAAAUUGUUGAAGAUGAUGUUGAAGACAUUAAAAAAGAUAUUGAAAAAGGGUCUAAUAAUAUAGAUUAUAAUAAAGAUCUAAACUGUGG